AAUGCCGAAGAGACAUUUUGCAAAAGGAAGAGUGAAGAAGGAGGUUAUAAUCGAUAAGACGGAACAGAAAAAGAUAAAGUUGGAUCCAGAACUACUUGAUGAUCAAGAUUCUGAAGAAAAUCCGUUAGUUUUACCUUCUCAGAAACGUAAAACAACAGUUGUUGAAACAGAAAAAGUUCCGAAGAAAAGAUUAAGUAAAAAACAAGAGAGAAAAUUGAAAAGUGUUUUACAGCGACGAGAGAAAAAAUCUAAAAGAAAGCAAUUAAUUGAAGAUUUAGCUAAAGUUCAACUUCCAUCUGACAAACUAGACUUAAUGACAUCUACAACUGAUUCUUUCAAUCAGACAAUAAAAAAAGAAAAUAAGAAAAUUGAAAAAUUAAAAAAACCAAAGAAAGUUAAAGAAAUAAUUGAGGAGAGCGAAAGUGAAGAAGAUAAAGUUGAAGAAUUUACGCUAAUGCAACCAGAAGAAAAUGAAAAAGCCAAAGAUGAUGAUGAUAAAGAGGAAACGAACGAGAGCGAGAACGAAGAAGAAAUAAAACAAGAUGAAAGUGAAGAACUGAAAAAAGAAGAGAAACCUGUAGAGACAUCUGAAAAACUAACAGCAGAAAAUACUAAAGCGGUUUUUGUUCCUUGCCAAAGAAACGAGGAAAUUCAAGAAGCUAGAUUAAAACUUCCAAUUCUUGGUGAAGAACAAGUUGUAAUGGAAACUAUAAGGGAGAAAGAUGUAGUUGUAUUGUCCGGAGCAACAGGAUCUGGUAAAUCUACUCAACUUCCUCAAUUUCUUUACGAAGCUGGCUAUACUCAAAAUGGAAAAAAGAUUGUUGUCACGGAACCUCGUAGAGUAGCAGCAAUUAACGUUUCGAGACGUGUUGGAGAAGAAAUGAACCUUCCGUCAAGCAAAGUGUCUUAUCAGAUAAGAUACGAAGGGAAUGUUACCGAUGAAACUGAAAUAAAAUUUGUGACUGAUGGUGUUCUUUUGAAAGAAAUGCAAAACGAUUUAACUUUAUCACGUUAUAGUGUGGUUAUUAUUGAUGAAGCUCACGAAAGAAGUGUAAAUACUGACGUUCUUAUUGGAUUGCUGAGCAGAAUAGUUCUGUUAAGACGCAAAAAAGGAAAUGUUUUGAAAUUAAUAAUUAUGUCUGCAACUCUAAGAACUGAGGAUUUUACUGCAAAUACAAGAUUAUUUAAAAUUGAACCACCGUUAAUAUCUGUUGAAUCACGGCAAUAUAACGUUAAAGUUACUUUUGCUAGGAAAACUCCCGAAGAUUAUUUAAAAGGAGCUUUGAAAGAAGUCUGUAAAAUUCACAAACAACAGCCUCCAGGGGGAAUUUUAGUAUUUUUAACCGGGCAAAGAGAAGUUAACUGGCUUUGUCAUAAAUUGAAAACAUCUUCAAAUACAAUGCUGCCAUUAGAAGAUAAGGAAACUCAUCCAAAGAGAUCAAGAAAGAGAAAUAACAAGAAGAAAAUGCCAACUAUCAAACUAGAAAGUUAUUCUGCCCUCCCGGAGGAUGAGGAAGAAAGUGAUUUGGAAGUUGAUGAAAUUGAAAUGCUAGAAUCAGAUGAUGGUGACGAAGAAAUCGAUAAUGAUGGAUUAGAUCCGAUGCAUGUUCUACCGUUUUAUUCUCUACUUCCACCAGAAAGACAGCAGCAAGUUUUUAAUUCAGUUCCAGAGGGAAAACGCCUUUGUGUUGUAGCCACGAACGUUGCUGAAACUUCAAUUACUAUUCCAAAUAUUAAGUAUGUAGUGGACUCGGGAAAAGUUAAACGGAAAAUAUAUGAUAAAUCAGGUGGCUCUAGCAAAUUUGAAAUUGUUUGGACAAGUAAAGCCUCUGCUGAUCAAAGAUCCGGAAGAGCCGGCAGAAUGAGUGACGGAAAGUGUUUUAGACUAUUUUCUUCAGCAGUUUUCGAGCACGAUAUGCCAGAAUUCGAUGAGCCUGAUAUUAUUGUAAAGCCAGCAGAAGAUUUAUAUCUUCAAAUGAAAUCAAUGGGUAUUGAUAAUGUUAUGAAUUUCCCAUUUCCAACUCCUCCUAGUGCCUUAACUCUUCAGGUUGCUGAGCGUCAUCUUUUAGCAUUAAAUGCCUUAAAGAGAAAAGGUAAAACUACAAAGUUAACAGAAUUAGGUAAAACAAUGGCCACAUUACCUGUUUCUCCUAAAUAUGCUAAAAUGAUAGCAAUGGCAUAUGAUACCGACGUAUUGCAUUAUGUCAUAAUAUUAGUAGCUUGUUUGUCGGUUAAUCAACUAUUUUCCGAUUAUUUACUUUGUCGGAAGGAACUGACGAAUGUUUGGACUGAAGGCGGCUAUAAACUCCUUGGUGAUUAUAUGUGCAUCCUAACGGCUAUUGGAGCUACUGAAGAAUUGAAUUCAGAGAAUGAAUUUUGUAUGAGAUUAGGACUUCGAUGGAAGGCGGUUUUGGAAGUGAGAAAAUUAAGAAAUUUGAUUGUCAACACAAUCAAUUCAGUCUCUGGAUCAGAAUUUAGUAUUUCGAAAGACUUAGAGCCGCCAAGUCUUGCUCAAGCAACAAAAUUAAGAAAAAUUAUGCUUGGAGGAUUUGUCGAUCAAAUAGCCAAACUUGAAUAUAAAAUAGACGAAGAAACUAAGAAGAAAAUUAGAUUUUAUCAACCACUAUUAAUCAACGAACCAUCCCAAAUCAAUAGCAAUUCUAUAAUGAACAUAAAGAAAGAAGAUCAUGAAUUUAUAAUCUACAAUGAUAUGUCAAUAACAAAUGACGUUCGUAAAUUGUCAUAUAUUGCGGUAAUCGAUAAAAGAUGGCUACCGUCUUAUUGUCCCUUCUACUGUAAGUUUCAACCAAAGUUAAAAUACGAAAGAGAAGAUCCGCAUUCACCGUACUUCGAUGAAGAGAGUGGAAAGAUAAACUGUUUUAACGAAACAUCGUUUGGGGUAAAUGAAAUUGAAUGGAAAUUACCUAUUCACGAAAAAGAGUUUACAGAGUUUACGGCUUUCUUCUAUAAGUUAUAUGCAAAAUUUUUGCUCGAUGGGCUUAUUCUGAAAGAUUUGGCUCAAUUUUCAAAAGAUCUUUUACAUAGCGCUAAUAUGAUCAUCAUGAGUUUAAGUAUUCCACCGUACAGUAAACCAUUAGUUCAAAAGUUGAUGAACGAAAAAAUCACUGAUAGACAAAAAUUAUUAGAUUGUUUUGACAAUAACGAACAGUUUCUAUUAGAAGAAUACUUGAAGUGGUUGCCAGAGAAUAUGCAUUAUACUGUAAAGAAAAUUUGGCCUCCCAGAAAGUAA